ACCAACCUUUUCCUGCCUCCACGGAGCUCAUGGGCUGUCAAGCUGCAGAGCUAACACAUCUCACUGGGGACAAUUCAGUAAACAACACAGAUGAACUCCUGUGUGUCCUUGGCACUUCCAACUUCAGAUGUCCACAGGAAGCUGCCUUUGGAACAAGGUGUCUUCUCAUGCUAGGCUUCUGACUUGCUCUAGAAUUGCUUUGAAAGGCAAUAUACCUUGUUUUAUUUGGUCCAUGGAAUUCCCAUUUUUUCAUGGAAAUAUAACAAGAAGAACCUGUGAAGAGCUGCUGAGCAAGAAGAAAAAGAAUGGCAGCUAUUUAAUACGGGAGAGUGAGAGUGUGGAAGGAGCCUUGUGUCUCUGUGUUUUCUUUGAGGACAUCAUCUACACUUACCGUAUCUUCAGAGAACACCAAGGAUAUUUUAGAAUACAGACUUCUGAAGGUGUUCCAGAGAGGACCUUCAAAACAUUAAAGGACUUAAUAUACACUUUUGAAAAACCAAAUCAAGGACUGAUAACAAACCUCCGCUACCCAGUGAAGAAACCAAAGGCCUUGCAAAGAAGCCAGAGGUUCAAGUCAGGAAUGGACAGUGUUUAUGAUGAAGUUGAUGAUGGCGGAGAUUAUGUCGAUGUCUUACCCUGAGGGAUCUGCACCUGACGGUUUUGGAAGCUGCCAUUCCAGGAUGUGCCCCAACGCGGGGCCUCAGCUGGGAAGACCUUCCAGUUGGUUGUCCUCUGUUCUAGAUCUGGAAUUACCUCCUCCUUUUGCAGACUAGCUUUGUCAGAGUAGCUGUAUCUUCAGCCAGUAGAUCUGGUACAAGCUAUUAUGCAUGUUUGCUCAGCAAUAACAGAAGUACUUUUUGCUACAGACACAAACACACACACACACAGGUAUGGGGGAAGGUGUCCAUGUAUGUGUCUUCUAGUAGGUUUUAAUCGGACAAUUGUCCAAGAUGUUGACUGCUAGAGUGAACAUUCUGCUAGAAGGCAGCAAUAUAAAUACAUUAAAUGAAUAGGCAUAAAGCAGUAAUUUAUGGCAGAAUUGAUAGGUGUUGAUAAAAAUAAUAUAUGACAAAACUAUUACCAUUUUAAUAUGCUUUAAAACCCCCAAAUUCUGUUAUUUGCACAUGAUUCAUGUUACCAAUGAGGUUGGAGGAGUGAAUAGUAUUUCAGCAAU